GCCGAUCAUGCUAUUCACACAGCAGUACGGUCAGCGUCAGUAUGUCGUGUGCGCAUCGAGGUGAGAUUCUUUGUGCACUCCUAGAACAUCCGGGACUUGUUCUGUGGGGUUCUUUCAUUUGAGCUGGAUUUAAAAAAUAAUUUAAAAAAAGAGUGGGAGAAAAGAGUAGCAAUUCUCGGACUAAUCGCGCAGCCUUGGGCACAUUCAGUGCUAAUGAUACAACUGCGUUAAAAAGUAGUUUUCUAAUGCUGGCUGGUCUGUCGUGGAGCCAUUCACAACUUCACUCGCCAAUAAAAGGAUUUUAUGGAGACCAAUUCCCCCAAUUUACGGACUACAGCGCUUCCCAAUCAGGACACAUACGUAGUGCAAGGAGAAUGAGGAGUCAAGGGCGACGGUGGAAGCAGCAUGAGUGGCCCCUGUAUCACUGUUAGAUUGACGGCCCUCAUGUUUCUAUGGAAGUGGAUAACACUAAGCCUGCUACUGAGCUGGAUGUUGGUAGGGGCCCAAGCAGCCGAGCCCGCACUUGCUGGCUUCACUGGGUCUGCAGGGGCCCUGGGCUGGCUAUUGACAAGCAAGGGCCCUUUCCACCAUUCUCAGGAGUUUAUUGAUUUCACAGAGCGCUACCAGCAAGGAUUCACCACCAAAUACAAAAUAUCCAGGAAAUUUGGACGAUGGAAGGUGAACAGCCUGGCCUUGGAAAUGCAUGUGAACAAUGGCGUUCCCUUGCCGAUGGACCCCGAGUUCCUACAGACCAUUAGAAAUCUUGGAAGGCGACCCAGUCUCAGCUCCAUAACUGACAAAAUUAUUCGGAAAUACGGAACCCACUUCCUUCUUUCAGCCACACUGGGAGGGGAAGAGUCUUUAAUGAUCUUUGUGGACAAGCAGAAGUUGAGUCGAUCAACUGAAUUGAGUGACACUAAUGGUACAUCUGUGACUCUGGAGGCUCUCCAUCAGCUGGCUUCAUCCUACUUCAUUGACAGGGAGACCACACUGCACAAGCUGCACCAUAUCCAGAUUGCCUCCACUGUCAUAAAGGUGACUGAAACAAGGACAGGCCCUCUUGGAUGCAGUAACUAUGACAACCUCGACUCAGUCAGUUCUGUUUUGGUUCAGAGCCCUGAAAACAAGAUUCAUUUGCAAGGCCUUCAUGCAAUACUGCCAGAAUAUCUGCGGGACAGAUUUGUGCAGGCAGCACUCAGCUACAUCGGAUGUAAUGAGGAGGGCCAAUUUGUGUGCCGGGACAAUGACUGCUGGUGUCAGUGUGCUGCAGACUACCCAGAGUGUAAUUGCCCCGAGUUGGAUUUGAGGUCUAUGGAAGCCAGUUUGCUACAAAUUCAAGAUUCCUGGACCAAGGCCAACCAAGACUUUGAGGAAUCAGAUGAGUUUCAGAACUUUGUUCGAAAGCUUCCCACAUCAUACGCUUUGAACACCUCUGCCAUCGAGUACUUGUGGAAAAUCGAGCCAGCAAUUCAUCAACGCUACAAACAGCUGGAACUCAACACCCAACAGUUUCUGAGCAAAUCUGGGCACAUCAUCAACAAGCUCUUCACCCUCAGCAAGAGGUGCCGUACCAAGCCCAAAAUCAUUAUGCUGAGAGAGAGACCUAUGACCUACUGGCUGAACUACAUCCUCUCCAUAAUGUACUGCAGUGAAAAUAAUCACAUUGGCUCAUACUUGGAAGAGACCCACAGUUGCUCCUGCCCCUAUGAGCACCCUCCAUGUCAGGGUGUGAUUCCCUGCACAGUGGGUGAAGGCACCUCCUGUGGAUCCUGUUCCUAUGAGAACCGUUCCCGCUGUGCCACGUGUAACCAGGGUUACAUGCUUAGUCAGGGCAUAUGUCGCAAUGAAGUUCCAGACUCCAUUGACCACUACAUUGGCUUCGAGACGGACUUGCAGGACUUGGAGUUACGCUAUCUACUGCAAAAACAUGACAACCGCAUCAGCAUCCAUGGGAUCUUUGUCAGCAAUGAUGUCAGACUAAAUAACUGGUUUGACCCAUCAUGGAGAAAGAGGAUGCUGCUGACUCUGAAGAGUAACAAAUACAAGUCAAGCCAUGUCCACAUGCUUUUGGGGAUUGGGCUUCAGAUUUGCCUUACCAAAAACAUCACAUUGGACCCAGUGCUGUCUGUCUACAUAAAUCCAUUUGGAGGAAGUCACUCAGAGAGUUGGGUCAUGCCUACUGACCAAAAUAACUACCCUGACUGGGAGAGGACUAAAUUACUCCUUCCCCAUGACUGUUAUAACUGGACUUUGACAUUGGGCAACAAGUGGAAAACCUUUUUUGAGACUGUUCACUUUUACUUACGGAGUCGGAUCAGGGGCCAUUCAAGUAAUGGAAAUGUAACUGUACAUUAUGAACCGUUGGAAUAUUUGGUACCCGGGCAACAUCUUGGCUCCAUGAAAAUAAACAACAUACAGGUGUUUGGCUAUAGUAUGCAUUUUGACCCCGAUGCAAUCCAGGACUUAAUUUUACAGCUGGAUUAUCCAUACACUCAGGGAUCACAGGACUCUGCCCUGCUACAGCUACAGGAGAUCCGGGAUCGGGUAAACAGGCUUUCCCCACCCGGAGCUCAGCCUUUGGAUCUCUUCUCUUGUUUGUUGCGGCAUCGGCUCAAAUUAUCCACAACAGAUGUUGCCAGGAUCCAGGCUGCGCUGCAGACUUUCAGUGCCAAGCAGCCUAACUCGAUGGAAUACGAAACAACCAAAUUAUGUAGCUAAUAAGUGGGCAGGAGGCCAGGUGCACAGAUGGAAAACUCUUAUGACAUACUCCUGAGAAUGGUUAAGAGCAAUUUUGGAGCUGUGCAAAGGAUGUUUGAGGGACAUUCUCAACGUCAUCAUGAAGCUCAAGAGUACACUUUCAUCAUUCAUAGAAAUUCGUACAACAUUAGAAUUACAUCACAUCAUAUUCACAUUCUCCUUUUGGAAAAACAGACACUUAUACAUAUGUACAAUAUAAUCAGACCUGCAACACCAUACAUUAUGUUUUGAGCACAAAUGCACAAACUUGAAUAACAGUCAUGUUCUUAUAAAUAUUUUUACACCAGCAUAUUUUACAUUUUUGUUGUCGUGUUUUACAACCUUUAUUUUGCAGUUAAGACAAAUAUUAUCUGCUACCGAUAUAGCUUGACCUAUUAUUUUAACACGUGACUUGAUUGGCUGCUCCUUGUUUUCAGUUUCCUGUGAUGAUAUCAAGUAAAAAAAAAAACUUUGUGGGAAAAGUGUUACACAUAUUUGU